AUGGCUCACGUAUCAGAUAUUAAACUGAUAAGAACAGAUACUACACUUGAUCUUAGCCAAAAGGCCGAGAAAGGGGGAAAUGACGAAGGGACUGAUGGUGAAACCAGUGGUGGUGGUGGUGAUGAAGGGAGCAAUACUGCAGUUAAAGGAACCAUCUUGGCUGGUCUUUUGCUCGUGGGUGCGGUUGGAGGAUUUGGUUCUUUGGGUCACAUUUAUAAGGAUCAAAUCAAUGCUUUCUUGACCCAGUUUUCAGGGUUCAUAAGAAGUCUAAGUGUUAGCUUAACUAGUGGAGAUAUCAUCUAUGGUGCUGCACACCAGAAUGCAGGGGGGAUUGGUUGGACUCUCUAUGUGGAGAUUCAAGAUCAAGACAGGACAUUGCAGUGCACUGCGCGCUUCGGCUUAUGUAAGAUCUCUAAUUCUAUCUUCAUGACAUAUUUGGUCUGUUCAACUCAACAUGAAUAUAUUGUUGAGAAUGAACCGAUUGAUGCUGAUUGA